GGGGUGGAGCUGUCUGUGGCUGUGGCUGCUGCUGCCUCGGGAGACGGCGGAGCGGGCGGGGCGGGCUGUCGCCUCCAGGCCUCACGUCCACCUGCCCACCCGCUCCCACUGCGGUCAGUCGGCGGGGUGUGCGCCGGGCCGAACCCAUGGCGGCGGCGGCGGCUGCCAUGUCGGGCCUGGCGGUGCGGCUGUCUCGCUCGGCUGCGGCCCGCGGCUCGUACGGCGCCUUCUGCAAGGGGCUCACGCGCACGCUGAUCACCUUCUUCGACCUGGCCUGGCGGCUGCGCCUGAACUUCCCCUACUUCUACAUCGUGGCCUCGGUGAUGCUCAACGUCCGCCUGCAGGUGCGGAUCGAGUGAGCGCCCGCAACCACCGCGCGGCCGCGACGGCAGGGGCGCCGGCAUGAAGCUCCGCGGGACCCAGGGCCGCCGGGAGGCGGCGGGGGAAGGAGAAGGGGCGGCCCGGGCCCCCGGACCCUAGACCUCGGCGGAGGUCACGGCCACCGAGCCCCAAGCCCCGGCUCUGGUCACCCACGUCGCGGCCGGUGACGAACUGCACAGAAACUCGCGAAACGGGCCCUUUCCAUCGAACUCGAGAAAAUUACUUGAGUGCGGCCGACCUGUUGCCUCACCUUGGGCGAAGUGGGGAGCAGAAGGAAGAAAUUCUGCAGCAGGAACGUGAAUGACUGGCCCUGACCAAAGAGGCUGGCCCCUGGGCCCAGCAUCGCACGGGAGAGUCUCCUCUGGAUGGGCCUGCAUUGGUCCUGGAGGCCUUGGCUGCGCUGCUGACUGACGCCCCAGGAGCGGUGCAGAGGGGAGGCAGGACAGACCCUGGCCCUCACCCCGCACCGCUCCCACGUCUGCUCGGGUGGUGGUUGCUCAUGGUCGAUGCACUCAGAGUUCCUGGGGCUGAGCACCCCAGCAGCCUGGUUGCCCCCAGGACAGAGCGGCCGAGCCUCACACCAUGUGCCCUCCUCAGCUGCCCAGCUGGAGCCCGGGUCCCAGGUGAGGAUCUCUGCCUGCCUCACCCCGGGGCCGGAGGCUGCACCGCGGCCACCACGUGCCCCCCACAGAUGCCCACCGACGGGGCCUGAUGGCUUCCUUCCUUGUGCCAAGUCACCCGGGAGCCCUGGUCCUGGUGGCCCUCCUCCAGCCCAACUGUGCCCACCCAGGGCCACUUCUGGGAGCCUGCCAGCCUGCGGACUGCAUCCCCGGAGCUCUGGGGACAGCCUCUGAGAGACUGUGCCACGGGGCUGCAUGGGAGGAGAGCAGAGGACGAGGGGCCUCCUUGGGGCUGAUUCGCAGACGUGCCCCUUUCAAGCCCAGCUCUCACCCUCCGGGUGGCUCGAUCCCCAGCUCCAGCCUCUUGCUGGGCCAGCCUGAGAGGGCCUGAGAAUGGCACAGGGGAGGCUCUUCGCUGACCGCGUGGGUGCCCGUGUGUGAGUGCGCAUGUAUGAGUGUGUGCGGGUGUGCGGGUGUGAGCGCGUGUGAGUGAACGUGCGGGUGUGAGCGUGUGUGUGAGUGCUUGUGCACACACACGAGUGGCUGUGCGUUGCAGCGGGCACGGAGCUGUUGAGCAGAGUGAGCUGUGCAGG